GAUCUCACUUCCUUCCCUGUGACAGUCAGUCUCCCAGCGUUCCUGCUCUGCUGGGUUAUAUAUUGUGUUAUGAUGUCGCUGCUGCAGCGGGUUUAACUCUGAUUCGUCUUUAUUAUCGCCAUAUUUACUGUAUUUAGUGUUUUAAACCGGAUUAAACUGGAUUAAUCAGGGCCGGGGACAUGGCGGGGGGCGGUCCGGAGGACUGAUCCGCUCGGUAACGGGAAUGAAGCGGCGGAGCUGCAGCGGAUCAUGAUAUCCAAAGACCUGUAGGCCAACAAAACCACGCUGGCCAGCCUCCCAGAUUGAUUUAUUAACACCAGGAACGACUUCUCCUCCACAACAAGCAUGUCUAUAAUGGACCACAGCCCCACCACCGGCGUGGUGACCAUCAUCGUGAUCCUCAUAGCCAUCGCCGCUCUGGGGGCGCUGAUCUUCGGCUGCUGGUGCUACCUUCGCCUGCAGCGUAUCGGCCAAUCCGAGGACGAGGAGAGCAUCGUCGGAGAGGGAGAGACCAAGGAGCCGUUUCUGAUGGUCCAGUACUCAGCCCGAGGCCCACGGGUCGAGCAUAAGACCAAGCUGACCCCUAACGGUACCGAGAGCCACAGCUAAUUCCCCUGUUACAGGGCAGAUGUUCUGUGUGAGGGUCCACAGGGGUCCGAUUCGGUCGAUCCUUGUAUUUAGAACAAGGACUUUCAGCACUUAAGAUCAUGAUCAUUUCUCUUUUAAGACCGGAUGUGGCUUCAGGUUGUCUCACACACAUGUACACACACACACACACACCAAACAUGACCAGUGCAUGCAUUUGUCUAGCUGCUUCUAACUCACCCUUGUUUGGACAUUUUCCUAUUAGUGUUUGUCCAGUGGAACCCUGUUAUAAUGUGAAACUGAGGAGCUCCCUGCAUUUUUAUAGAAGAGCUGACCUUUAUUCAUCUGUUCAAAUCACUCCCUUAAUGUUUAAAGGUCACAUAUUUGUCCAAAAUGCAGAAAAAAAAACACAUUUUCUGUUUGUAGUAUUUUAAAAUAAUUCAUGUUUCUGCCAGAGCUGGCUCUGGUGUGCACUGAAAAGGAGGAAUAACUGCAGUCUGUUACUGGAUUUAUUAAGUCACUUUAAACAAGGGAAGAAUAGAUGCACAUCUGACAUGCUUUUUUUUUUUACACAGGAAGCGUAAUGACUGUAUAAUAGUCAAUAGCAGUAAUUAUCUUAAAGGGUGUUCUCACACUAGGCCUGGUUUACUGGUACCGUACCUAAACCUAAUGAUCAUCCCUGCCUUUUCUCCCACUCCAGGAUUUAGUAUGCUUACAUCAUCACAAAGUACAUUUUUGGUUUUGCGUUUCUUGUCAAGAUUGCACAGAAUUUUGUUACAGAGCGUUUACGCUAGUUAAACUAACCAGACUUUUUGGGGGAGACAAGCUCAAACACAGGACAGACCACCUAGUGUGAGAAUACCCGAAAUCAGAGUUUUGAUGAGUAAUUCUAAUACUGACAUGCCAUCAAGUAACUUUUAUGUGCAUCUUACAAAAUUCAUUUAAUCACAGGUCAGGGUUAUGAUGAUGUAUGGGUUUAGGUUUUAGAGAUUUAUUCAACUGAUCAACUUAAAAUUUCUACAUAAUUUAGUGAUUGAUGUCUGAACAGUCAUUCAGAGUGGACAGUGUGAAAUUAUCAUAGAAAAUAAUAGAAAUUGAUUUUGUUGAUGCUUUUAACUUUUUGCCUGUGUGAAUCAUUGUUCAUAAUACUAUAUAUGCUGUAUAUAUAAUAUAUAUAUAUCAUGAUAUACCACAUUUAAGUAUGUGUUUAGUUAUUCUUCGAAAAAUAUGACAAAAUUAUAUAAUUGCUUACUUUUUUACUUUAUUUCAAAGUGACAUUAAACCCAACUUUCACAAAUGAGAAUUACUACCUUUUAGUGCAGCAAUAUAUAUGUAUCAAAUGAAAACAGAUGAGGUAGAUGCAGUAGCUAAUUUUUUAAAUAUUAUACAGGUGAUUGUAUUUAUUGUAUUGACAAUAUUUGUGAUUUAUUGUAUUGACAAUAUACCCAUGAAAGGAUAUCAAAGAUACCAGUGCUGUACAUUUCAUUAAAGAAAGAUUAUUAGUCUAGUUUAAUUGGAGGAAUUACAGUUUAUUUUCAAAUAAAAGUCACUGUACUCAGUAUACGAAAGUAACGGUAUUUGAACAGCGUUUUUUAAAGAUAUCACUACUGAUGCAUUUUGGCUGUGAAAAUGUAUUUAAAUUUUGUGAUAAUAAUAAGAAAUUGUACAGGUAUUUAACAUUCCUCAAUCCACAGUGUAACAUACUGUGUGUACCAGUUAUUAUGUCAUAUCUAAGGAAUUACCACCAACAGUGGACAGUGCUGUAGGUUAUAUUGAUGCAAACAGAGAAGUGAUCGCCCUGUUUCUUUAGCUACGUGGGUCCUAUAAUGUGUGACAAUGCCAAUAAUGCAUAUAUGCAUUAAUGCAUUUUUAAAAUCAAGCACUUAAUAUAUGUCACAGUAUAUACAAACAUUGGUUUAACAACCUAUAUUCUUCACCGCAGGUUUACCCUGUUUAUUAGAUUAGUGCCACCAUGUGGAGUAAUGAAGCAGUAACUUUAGUAAGUAAGACUCAGGGGCGAGACUUAGAGACUUAAGACCUCCUUUGUUUUAAUAAAUAUUUUGAUGAUAGUUGAUGCCACAUAUUGCUAAUAUAUUGCAAAGAAAAGGAAUAGUAUAUGACAUAUGGCCAAAUAUUGAUUAAUGUUUUGUCUCUCCCCUAAUUUCUAUAGUGAUUAAUUUCACAAACCACUCUGAAUGUCUUAGUUUACCUCUUAAUUACUGAAUCAUGAAGACGUUUUAAUAAAUCAGUGAAUUCCAUUUUUAUGUGAUUUAUAUACAUAUAUACCGAUUCUGCACUGCUAAGAAACCGCCAUAAAGCAGAGCCAAUGACUGGAGAGAAUCCAGAGGUGUUUUAAUGGUGGCUGAGCACUUUGUUUCUGUAUGAAGGUGUUGGAUGUGAGUUGGAAGGUGUGUAAAUAUUAUUUUUAUAGACCUUUAUUUCUAUACAUUGAUCACACUGAAGAAAACGACUGAGGCAUUAAAGUGUAUGUGUUUUGUUUGAUCAUUAGCUGUUUGUACACGUGGGAGAAAAUCAUUUAUUUUUAUAUGAAAUUCAUGCGAACAACAUUUGUAGAAUUCAUUGAUCUUGAGUCUUGUGUUCAGACGCUGGGUUUUAACGGGCAGAAAGAAUUCUGAUAAUGCCCAAAUAAUCACCUUUUUCCACCGUUGUUGUACUGAUAUUAAUGUACUGUAGCGCAUAUAAUAUAUAAAUAUGAUGUCUACAGGCCUAGCCUAGCAUACUGUCAGUGUAUGCCUUUCUAAGACUGCUGUUGUAAUUGUGUAAACUUGAGGAUUUUUUGGUGCACUUUAUUUUCCAUUAGAAAACCAGUACACAGAUCACAUGUGAGACUAGGCCUGUCACAAUAACCAAUUCAUAGACAAUCUAUUGUUUCCAGAAAUGAUUGCGAUAAACGAUAUUACUGUUAUGUUAAGACCAGUUUCAUCAGAUAAUACAAUAUAAUAAUAAAUAUUCUAAAAUAGCAUAUUAAAGGGGACAUAUUAUGCAAAACUCUUUUUUUUUUUUUGCAUGUUUUUGUAUUUCCACUUGGGUCUCGCCAGCCCUUGUAAACACUCCAAAUACCAAGUUUUCAUCCAUCAGUUUUCUGUGAAUAAGCUGAAAGAGUUAGGUGUCAGGAAUAUGCGCCUAUAAGGUGGAUUUUGGAUGCUCCCUUAUUGUGACAUAACAACGAAGCACCCUGGCACCACCCUUCACCUGUCAACCCCAAUCAGAGCCACUUCGGGGAUUAGCCAGCAGACUUCUUUUGAAGGAGGGAUCUGUACCUACUGUUAAUGGCAAGUUACUGCUUGUAACUGCUACUUUGUGCUUCUUGAGCUUAUUUGUGUUUUGCUAUUUAACCAAAGCAAACACUAAUGUGUGGUAAAUGAUUAGCAUAAACAUGGGGUCUGGCCAGCAACAGCUUAUUUGCAUAAAAGUGACAGAGCACUAAACAGCUCAUUCUGAAAGGCACUGAAACUGGCAAAAAUAGAGCUGUGAUCGCUCUUUAUGUGAGAGUGAUUUUGUGCGAAGAACUUCUUGAACAUGUUUUGUGUGGCCCAUAGACCUAUUUUAACUUAUGUAAAAGGGAUAUAAUAUGUCCCUUUUAAUACAUUUAUAUAUUUAUUUUAUAUAACACUUAACUGGAAUAUUCAUACAUUGUAUGCAUACAUUUACAUUGUCCCAGAAAUAAUUAGGGCUCAUUCAAGGUAAUAGGUUUUUCUCGAUAAGUAAAUUAAUUGAACUUGUGUCCGUAUAUUGUACAAUAAAUCGAUAAUUUGUUGUUAUCGUGACAGGCCUAUGUGAGGGUACAGUAUGUUAAUGCUGCAUUCAACUUUGGACCCAUCAAUGCUUAUGUUUUAUGAUCAGGCUGUUAAUAUGUUUGCUUUAUGUCACUCUGCCAGAAAUUGCAUUGAUCUGUUGUACUGAAAAAUAAAUCCUCUUCACCUGUAAA